AAAAAUGAAUACAGAAAACGCUCGACUUUUCAGAUGGUUUUGAAGAAGCAGAGAGUAUCUAUUCCAUUUCCAUUACGGAUAUCUAUUCCUUCAGCUUCUUUAUGGGCGGUGGAUGUUUUCUUAAGUUGUGACCAUGAAGACAUUUUCUGCUCCCACUUGUACCACAAGUUGCAGUCUCGAGGAAUUUGUACUUUCCUGGAUGGCCAUGAAUUUGCAAGAAACACAACCCCUCUUGAGCUCUAUGGUGCAAUCGAAGAAUCGAGGUUUGCCAUUGUUGUUCUCUCGCAAAACUAUGCUUCUUCUCCACGGCGCUUGAAUGAGCUUUCCAAAACUCUCGAGUGCAUGAAAGAUAGGAACAGGAUUCUACCGAUAUUUCAUGAUGUGAAUCUCUUCCAUGUCCAAAAACAAAAAGGGACUUUUGAGAAAGCAUUUGCCAAGCAUGAAGAAAUGUUUCAGGAUGACUUGGCAAAGGUUGAAGCUUGGAGAGAUGCUUUAACCAAAGUAUGCAACUUUGCUGGUUGGACUUCCAAUGAUAGGAAUGAAGUACAAGUUCUAGAAGAAAUUACUGAAGCAGUCUGGAACAAAAUACAUCCUAUACCAAGUCCAACCGAAAGAGUGCAUCCGACAUCCACACACAACUUGGUUGCAUACACUAGCAUUAAUGUUAACGAGGGCAACCGUAACCAUCCAAUGCACACUACAGAUUUGGUGGAUACUUCAGCAGAGUGGAACUUUUUGAUCACUAACCUUGGCCUAGAGAUUUUGUCAACCGGUUUUGAUCAGGCCUCCUCCUCAAGUAAGCCACAGUAUGCACUAUUUGGUAUGCUGUUUUCUAUUGCAGCCUUGUUCACUUGCAUUUUGGAGCUCAUUUACAAGGGCAUAAAGAAUAAAGUAGUACUGAAGAAGUUCGGAAAACUCUGGUGGUAUUAUUAUCCACAUCCCCACGAUAGCGUGCCUUUUGGUACUCUCCCUUACAUUUACGGAUUAUUUGGAGGCGCUGCUCAGUGCAUAUGCUCUAUUACUCAAUACAUUUACUUCUCUUGGCAUGCUGAUAGUCCUAUAAAACUAUCAUUUUUACCAGCAAUCUUUCUUUUGUGUUUGGCUGGUUCAAGACUACACAGCAAUCAUAAUCAUUAUUGAUCAGAAAUCUAGCUAGAUACCAGUACAAAGAAUAAUUGUGAGUAAACGAACCUUAGUGAUGGUUCAUUUGUGAACAACUGAUGAGUAGAUAUGGGCAUAUAGCUAUUGUAUAUCAUCGAUCUGUUAAGAAUUUCAGUUUCAUAGCUAAAUGAUCAA